AUGGAGCAACACGACUCUUUCCAACUUGCAAAAUACUCCGCCCUGACUUGGAAUGCCCCUCUUUCCGAGCACCACGCAUCCAGCCUCCUCAAGCACCUAGAUCUCGCCAACGCAACCCGUAUCGUAGAUCUCGGCUGCGGGUGGGGCGAGCUCCUCCUACGAGCCGCAUUCGAGGCCGGUCCCUCCUCGCAGGCCAUCGGCGUCGACACAGAUCCCGUCGUCUUGGCACGGGAAAACGCAACGCCCAAGACCGCGGGUUGGGGAGCGUCGAGUGAUACCCGGGCGAUGCUCGAGCACCUCGCCACCGUCGUUCCCAAGGGAAAGGUGCUCAUCGGCGACACGUGCUGGGAGCGAAGUCCCACCGAGGCGGCGGUGGCGAUUUUCGGCGAGGAGAUACCGCGCCUUUCGGACGUUGUGGUUUUCAGUAGGCAGGCGGGGUGGAAGGUGAUGCAUGUCAGUACGGCUGAUACGCGAGAAUGGGACGACUUCGAGUCCGGCCAUCGGGCUGGGCCACGGGGGUGGUUGCUGGAGAAUCAAGGGGACCCUAGGGCUCCUGAUAUCGAAGCUGAACAGAAUCGGAGGGAGGAUGAGUAUCAGACGGUAUACCGUGGUGUGUUGAGCUUCGCCUAUCUGGUCCUGGCAAGGUGA